GCGUGAGGGGGCGGGCGGGAGAGAACCGGUCCGGCGGCGCGGGGCCGCCCCAACGGCGCCGGUUCGGUACCCCCGGGACGCGCCGGCAGCGCGGCCUCGGCCGGCGGCAGCGCUCGAUGGCAGCGCCCGACAGCGCGGAGGGGGAAGGGCCCGCGCAGGUAGCGGCUGCCGCUGUCCCGGCCUGCCCCGCGCUCGCCUGCCCCAGCAUCCCGGCGUGCCGCGCGGCUCGGCACUGGGGUAAAGGUCGCGGGGCGGAGGGGGCGGCGCUGGCUCGGCGGGGACGCAGCGCCCCGCUCCCGCUUCUCACCCGCCGCUGCCGCCAUGGCCGAGCAACCGCAGCCCAUCAGCCCCGUGAAGAACUUCUUCGCUGGUGGCUUCGGGGGCGUCUGCCUGGUGUUCGUAGGGCACCCGCUGGACACCAUCAAGGUCAGACUGCAAACCCAGCCUAAGCCGCAGCCUGGGCAACUUCCACUCUAUUCUGGGACCUUUGACUGCUUCAGAAAGACUCUGGUUGGAGAGGGAGUCCGGGGCUUAUACAGAGGAAUGGCAGCUCCUAUUAUUGGAGUGACACCCAUGUUUGCUGUGUGCUUCUUUGGAUUUGGCUUGGGAAAGAGACUCCAACAGAGAAAACCUGAUGACGUUUUGACAUAUCCUCAGCUGUUUGCCGCUGGCAUGUUGUCAGGAGUGUUCACAACAGUAAUCAUGGCUCCAGGAGAGAGAAUCAAGUGCCUUUUACAGAUCCAGGCAGCUACAGGUGAAACUAAAUACAAUGGCUCUUUGGACUGUGCAAAGCAGCUGUACCGCGAGGCCGGCAUUCGUGGCGUGUACAAGGGGACGGUGCUCACCCUCAUGAGAGACGUCCCAGCCAGUGGAAUGUACUUCAUGACGUACGAAUGGCUGAAGAAUGUUCUGACCCCUGAGGGAAAGAGUGUGAGUGACCUCAGUGCGCCUCGGAUCCUCUUUGCUGGCGGCCUAGCUGGGAUCUUCAACUGGGCAGUUGCCAUCCCACCCGAUGUGCUGAAAUCCCGUUUCCAGACCGCUCCUCCAGGAAAAUACGCAAAUGGCUUUAGAGAUGUGCUGAGAGAGCUUAUCAGAGAGGAAGGAGUAGCAUCUCUAUAUAAAGGCUUCACGGCCGUCAUGAUCAGGGCAUUUCCCGCUAAUGCGGCAUGUUUUCUUGGUUUUGAAGUUGCUAUGAAGUUUCUUAACUGGAUCGCACCGGGCCUAUGAAGACUUAGGAGGUCUUUGGAAAUUAGAGAAGGAAGAGAGAGCAAAUCUGCCUCAAAGGAAUAAAUGAAUGACCACUUGAAGUUUCAGGAA